CGGGCGUCCGCGGGCCGGGAGUGGGGGAUGGGGGUGGCGAGCUCCAGGCCGCAGCGGCGGCGGCGACGGCGGCGGUGAGUGUCCGGGACGCGGGAUGGAGCCCCGCGGAUUUCCGUUUUUCUGACUGUUUAAUGAGAGGAUGAUUGCUCAUAAACAGAAAAAAGCAAAGAACAAACGUGUUUGGAUACCAGCCCAGCUCUCUGCGGAUGCUACAGCUUCUGAAAUGGGGCUCAAGUCCGUAAGUUCCAGCUCCAUUUUUGAUCCGGAUUACAUCAAGGAGUUGGUGAAUGAUAUCAGGAAGUUCUCCCAUGUGUUACUAUAUUUGAAAGAAGCUAUUCUUUCAGAUUGUUUUAAAGAAGUCAUUCAUAUACGUCUGGACGAACUUCUUCGUGUUUUAAAAUCUGUCAUGCAUAAGCAUCAGAACCUCAAUUCUGCUGACCUUCAGAAUGCUGCCGAAGUGCUGACUGCAAAAGUGAAAGCUGUGAAUUUUACGGAAGUUAAUGAAGAGAACAAAAACCAUCUAUUUCAAGAAGUGUUUUCUUCCAUUGAAGCUUUGGCAGUUACCUUUGGAAAUAUCCUUACAAGCUUCCUUAUGGGAGAUGUAGGCAAUGAUGCCUUGUUACGACUGCCUGUUUCUCGGGAAAGUAAGUCUUUUGAAAACAUUUCUGUGGACUCAGUGGACUCACCCUUUGAGAAAGGAAGUUUUUCUCCGAUAGAGCUCGAUGGUGUGCUGUUAAAGAGAACGGGCUGCAUAGAGCUGGCUCUGUCGUAUGCUAAGACAUGGUCAAAAUACACCAAGAGCAUCGUGUCUUGGGUGGAGAAGAAGCUCAACUUGGAGUUGGAGUCCACUAGAAAUAUUGUCAAAUUGGCAGAGGCAACUAGAGCGAGCAUUGGACUACAGGAGUUCAUGCCGCUCCAGUCUCUGUUUACCAGUGCCCUUCUUAGUGACAUAGACAGCAGUCACCUCUUACAGCAAACAAUUGCCGCCCUCCAGGCCAACAAGUUUGUGCAGCCUCUACUUGGAAGGAGAAAUGAGAUGGAAAAACGAAGGAAAGAAAUCAAGGAGCUUUGGAAACAGGAACAAAAUAAAAUGCUCGAGACAGAGGCAGCUCUCAAGAAGGCAAAGUUGCUGUGCGUGCAACGCCAGGAUGAGUAUGAGAGAGCACGGGCGUCCACGGUGCGUUCGGAAGAGGAGCACCUGUGCGCGAAUGGUGCGCUAGUGAGAACUCUGAGCAAGCAGCUGGAGAAGAGGCGGAGGCUGGAAGAGGAGGCUCUUCAGAAAGUAGAAGAAGCAAAUGAACUCUAUAAAGUUUGUGUAACGAAUGUUGAAGAAAGGCGAAAUGAUCUAGAAAAUACCAAAAGAGAAAUUUUAACACAACUUCGGACCCUCGUUUUCCAGUGUGAUCUUACACUUAAAGCUGUAACAGUUAACCUCUUCCAGAUGCAGCACCUGCAGGCCGCCUCUCUUGCAAACAGUUUACACUCUCUCUGUGACAGUGCCAAGCUCUAUGACCCAGGCCAAGAAUACAGGGAAUUUGUCAAGGCUACAAAUUCCAGCGAAGAAGACAAAGUUGAUGGGAAUGUCAGCAAGCGAUUGACACACAGUCCCCAGACAUCGAGAUACGGACCUGCCGACUCCUUAGAGGACGUGGUGCGCCUUCCUGACACUUGCAAUAAAAUGGAAGAGGACAGGUGCUCCAACAGUGCAGACGUCACAGGUCCUUCUUUUGUAAGGUCAUGGACAUUUGGGGUACUCAGUGACUCGGAGAGCACCGGGGGAAGCAGCGAGUCCAGGUCUCUGGAUUCUGAGUCUAUAAGUCCAGGAGACUUUCAUCGGAAACUUCCACGAACUCCAUCCAGCGGAACCAUGUCUUCUGCAGAUGAUCUGGAUGAAAGAGAGCCACCCUCCCCUUCAGAAGCUGGACCCAGCUCCCUUGGAGCAUUCAGGAAGACAUUGAUGUCAAAGGCAGCUGCCACUCACAAGUUCCGCAAACUAAGGUCCCCCACAAAAUGCAGGGACUGCGACGGCAUUGUGGUGUUCCAGGGUGUUGAGUGCGAGGAGUGUCUCCUUGUUUGUCAUCGAAAGUGUUUGGAGAAUUUAGUCAUCAUUUGUGGUCAUCAGAAACUUCUUGGAAAAAUACACUUAUUUGGAGCAGAAUUCACACAAGUUGCAAAAAAGGAACCAGAUGGCAUUCCUUUUGUACUCAAAAUGUGUGCUUCCGAAAUUGAGAAUAGAGCCUUGUGUCUCCAGGGAAUUUAUCGUGUUUGUGGAAACAAAAUAAAAACUGAAAAGCUGUGUCAAGCUUUGGAAAAUGGAAUGCACUUGGUGGAUAUAUCAGAGUUUAGUUCACAUGACAUCUGCGAUGUCUUAAAACUGUACCUUCGACAGCUCCCAGAACCAUUUAUUUUAUUCCGAUUAUACAAGGAAUUUAUAGACCUUGCAAAAGAGAUCCAGCAUGUAAAUGAAGAGCAAGAGACAAAAAAGGAUAGCCCUGAGGACAAAAAACAUCCAAGUACAAGCAUAGAAAUUCACCGGAUUCUUCUAAGGAGCAAGGACCUUCUAAGACAGCUGCCAGCACCCAACUUCAACAGUCUUCAUUACCUCAUUGUCCACCUCCGGCGGGUAGUAGACCAUUCCGAAGAAAACAAGAUGAACUCCAAGAACUUGGGGGUGAUAUUUGGACCAAGUCUCAUCAGGCCCAGGCCCACAGCGGCUCCUGUCACCAUCUCCUCCCUGGCCGAGUAUUCGAACCAGGCACGACUGGUAGAGUUCCUCAUCACUCACUCACAGAAGAUCUUCGAUGGGUCCCUACAGCCACAGGACCUGUCUAGUUCAGGUGCCAGCACCAUUCAGGCUGAGCAAGGCUGUCUUCCAAGACCUCUGCUAUCACCAGAUGAAAGAGACUCUGAACAUUCUGUGGCGACACUCUUUUUUUCUUCAAAGGAAGAUAUUCAUACCGCAGAUAGUGAAAGCAAAAUUUUUGAACCAACUACAUCAUUUGAGGAAGUAGAACGUAAGCAGAAUGCCUUGGGAAAAUGUGAUGCCUGUCUUGUUGACAACAAAAAGCGUUUGUUUCGAGACCAAGAGCUUGAAUCAGCAUCGCAAAGGAAGGAAGAUGUUUGUAAAAGCCCCAAGCUGUUUAUUCUAAAACCCGAUGGUGUAACAAGCAGCGUGCAGAGGCACCCUGCAAGGACCAAGACCCGGCCCAUCAGCCUGCCUGUGGACAGACUGCUUCUUGCAAGCUGUCCCCUUGAGAGAAACAGCAGAAAUACGGGACACGUAAAUGCGGACAAGUUUGCUAAGAAUCCUGCCUGCGAAGGACUUAGGAAAGACACCCCUGCCACUUUGUGUUCCAGAUUCAAUGGCGUGGACCAGCUAGUGCUGCAGAACACAUGGGACAAGCAGCAUGACCAAAACAGUGUAACUGCCAAGGCUGCAGGGACUGGGAUAGGAGUCGGCACAGGCAUCAAGAUGAGUGGGGACCCUGCCAGCAGUGCCAGCCAAUCCAGCCAGCCACACACAGAACCAGCCAGGGCUGCGAGGGAGGCGGCAGAGAGACGGUCCUCGGACUCCUACCCUCUCGCUCCUGUCCGAGCACCGAGGACACUGCAGCCCCAGCACUGGACAACGUUUUAUAAGCCACGUGCUCCCACCAGCAGCAUCAGAGGGAGUGAGGAGAAACCGGCCUCGCCCUCCGCCACGCUGCCCAGUCCCCAGGGCCAGUUGACGAAGUCACUUCCUGACUCAGAGGAUACGUCUGCUUGUGCUGUGCAGCCGAGUAGUCAGCCUAGAGAGAAGCCUGAGGAGCAGGGCUUGCCCGAGGUGAGCCCAGCGUGCCAGAGGCCAAGGUUAAAGCGGAUGCAGCAGUUCGAAGACUCUGAGGAUGAGACACCACAAUUCGUGUAGGGUUGUCAAAGUCACUUUCUCCUCUGUGGUUUUGUUGUGUGCUGGUGUUUGUUUUGUGAAAGAAUGUUCGGACGGGGCCCCUUCUGUACAGGAUUGCCAAAGCGUGGAUUUUUCUGUCUGUUGUACUGUUUGUUGAUCGUACUGAAGAGCAGAGUAUUUUGAUAGAGACUCAUUUGUGCCUCACUGGAAUUAUCUUCAAAUUCUGUGCUUUUGAAGUUGUGAAUAAAAUGAAUAAACUCUGAAGAUGGAUUCAUAUUUUUUAAAAAGUUUAUAGUUGAUUUCCCAUAAAUGAUCCACUUAAACGCACCCCUAAUCCUUGUUCUCAACUGAUAGUCAUGGUGGGGAAGUCAGCUCUGUGCUGGCGGUAAAACUGAGUGCUCGAUUAGAAAGACCUUUACACGACAAAGGGUCUGUGCACCCAGGUUCACAGUGUGCCCUGACCACCUGCUUUUAUGCUGUGUAUGUAAGCUUUCAGUUUUAAUACUCAGUCUGUAUUGAAUUACAUUUCAGUUACUGUCGGUUUUACCUGUGGUAGUCAAAUUGUAAAAGAAAUGCACUUAAGCCUUCAUUACAUUUUACUUGGCUUUACACGAUUUCAAUUCAGUUGAUAGUUUUUUACCCCUUCACUUUGUCUAUACAAACUGUUUUUCAACA